UCUAGAAAGUAUCAUUGGUCAUUGGUCUUCUUUUUUUAAUUUUCAACGUCAUCUUAAAUGAUUUCAAACAAAAUUCGCUCCAUGAUCAACUGAUUGAUCAACAUAUUCACAAAACUGAGCUAAGUUGCAUAUUUAACAAUUAAACAACAAAUCUUUCACGAUAUCUAAAAAGAAAAAAAAAUAGCAGGACUAACAGUAACCCCAAAAUGUCUCCCAUAAAGAAACACCGUAACAUGUCAAAUCAUCAGGAAAUGAAGCAUCGUCGUCGCAAACCUAAUAUUCCCGAAUUAGUCUACAAGUUCCUUAUUGCGAAUGAAGCUUUUGAUGGUAAUGAACAUUGUCUUGUAAACAAGUGCCGUUGUGAUCAAGGGAAACAUCAUAAAGUCACAGACCCUAUUUCAACCAUCGGCGAAAGCAUAGGCUGCAGAAUAAGACAAAGAUGGCGCAAAGACAUUGGCAGGAUUUCGAAAUUGCACAAUAUCAAUCAGUGUCCUAUCUCCAAAAAUCGGCCAAUUUUAUAUUUACAAAAAUGCAUGGAUAGAAAACAUGGUACGAAAGAGGCAGAAAAGUAUAUGAAAAAGGCGUUGAACUUUGGUGUCGAGUCUGGCUACCUUAUCCCUUCUGAUCCUACUUACAGAAUUGUACACGUGUCCUCAGACUUAAUGAAAAGCGAUUCGCGAAGAAACAAGGUCAGCAUUUGCGAUAUGAUUAUCUCUAAGAAUCAUGAUAUUCCGACGAAGUUCCAAAGCGAAGAUUUCCAAAAGCAAAAGAGGACUCAAAGAAGGCAAGAAAGAUAUAGACGAGAUCAAAGAUUAAGAAGCGCUUCGAGGACACGCCAUAAAAGCAAAAGGAAGAAGAGAAGGAGAUCUUGUAGUGGAAGAUGUAAUAGAUACGAUAGCCGGUAGAGUACCGAAGAGGUUACCAAUGAUGAGACAGACGAUUACGAGAUGAAUGAGAACGAUCCAAAGAGCAAUAUUCACAUGGAUGAUGUAAAAAAAAAAUCAAAGACCAUUUGAUCGAAUCAACUUAACGAAGAACAAUCCAUGAAGAAAGUUAAAGAUGAUUUGGAUUUAUCGAUGGACGAGAAUGAAACUAAUCAUGAAAUUGAGAAAAAAAAUAUUAACAUUAUUAAAUCAUAAUUUCUCAAAGUUGAACAUAAUUGCAAUUUAGUAAAGAAUUAGAGAACACGGAAUUUCAGAAAUGAAAUUCAAAAUUCAGAGAUGAAAAAGAACCCAAGUAACAUAACAAGUCACGAUAACAUCAAAAUGACGUCAGAAAGACCAAAAACAUUUCUUCUAAUAAUUACAAAAAAGGCGAAAUACACUUUCAAAGCUAAUAAUAAACUUUACGUUUUCCAGUUUGCUUUUAAAUUAACCCUUCGUGGUCACACUUCAAAAAAGCCACACAAUGGUUACUCUGGGUUGAAGUGACCCGAAACAUUUUUAAAGUGUUACCAAAUUAAUAGUAUCAGUUCCAAUAACUUCCAAAAAUUACAGUAUGUAGUUUCAAUCUUUAAGAAAAUGAA